AUGUCGAGCUUGUCGCAUGUGGGGAAGGGGGUGAUGCGGGUGGCGAAGAACUACACCAAGGGCUACUCGGACGUCCAGGCGAAGGUGCGGGACGCGACCUCGAACGACAAAUGGGGACCCUCGGGAACGCAGAUGAACGAGCUGGCGCAGUUGACAUACAACCAGAACGACUUCAUUGAGAUCAUGGAGAUGCUGGACAAGCGGCUCAAUGACAAGGGCAAGAACUGGAGACACGUAUUCAAGUCCCUGACGGUACUUGACUAUCUCCUGCACGCCGGGUCGGAGAACGUCGUGCUAUACUUCAGGGACAACAUCUAUAUCAUCAAAACCUUGAAGGAGUUCCAGUACAUCGAUGAGGAAGGCAAAGACCAGGGCGCAAACGUACGCCAGAAGGCGAAGGACAUCACCAACCUCUUGCAGGAUGCAUCACGUCUGCAGCAGGAGCGCCGCAAUCGUGCAACCAUGCGCGAUCGCAUGACGCGUGCAGGAGGCCCCGACGGCGAGAUCGAGGAUGAGAAUGUACGGCGGCGGUCACAAAGUCUGCCUCCGCGCCGUAAGACAGAAGGAGAAGGAGAAUUUCAGCGCGCGAUCGAGGAGAGCAAGAGGUCCCUGGCUCAGGAACAGGCGCGGGGGCAGGAGGAUCGCGACCUCCAGGAGGCGAUCCGGCUCAGUGAGGAGGAGGAAGCGAAGCGGAAGAAGGCGAUUGCAGACGCAAGCGGGUCCCUCUUCGACGAUCACAGCCAGAACGCGAAUGGGACCAACCCGUUCCCUCUCAUCGAUAUGUCCGCUCCUGUCCAGCCUCAAUUCACAGUGCAGCCUCAGUACACGUCGUUCAACCCGUAUCAACAGCAGAUGCAGCAGGAGGCGAUGCAGGCGGAGUAUCUCCGUCAGCAGGCAGAGUGGCAGCAACAACAAUUGCAACUCCAGGCACAACAGCAAGCGCAGUUGCAAGCUGCUCAACAGCAAGAGGAAUGGAUGCGGCAGCAGCAAAUGCUUGCACUCCAGCAACAGCAACAGCAACAGCAACAGCAGCAGCAGUUCCUGCUUGCGCAGCCUACUGGGUUCGGGUCGAACAACCCUUUCGCACCAUCGACCUCGCCCAACCUCUCUUUGUCGACGUCGAACAUGUCCUCGUUCUCGUCGAACAACUCAUUAACAGCAUCGCCAGCGCCACAGAGUGCCGGCCCUUCGUUCAACCUGCAGGGCACAUACGCAAACGGAGGGCCGAGCACAAAUCUCAGCGCCAGUCCAGCGCAGUCGCCACCUCCACCCUCUCAGUCUGCGCCGCCCAGGCAGGGUACAGUGAAUGUGAAGACGCGCAACGACGAGCAGCACGCGCAUCUCGCGAACCUGUUCGCGAACCGCGACGACGACGGUAUCGACACGUUCGGAAACUUCGGCCAACUGAGGUAUGGUCAGCAAGCAAACCGUUUCGUUGGCCAGCAGCAGACCGGCCAGCCAUCAGGUCACAAUCCGUUCCAGCAGCAACAGCAGCAGCAGCAGGGCGAUCAGCCUUUCUUCUCAGUAUGA